ACGAAACUACCGCAAGCGCCUUCCUCUACAGUCUAGUCUAGAAAAUAGCCGCAACAUAAUUUUUAUUUUGAAUGGACGAGCGAAAACAACUUUCAGAAUAUCGCUAAAUACUAAGAGACAGGAGUGCUGGAGGCAGAGCAGAUCCCCACCAGCUGCAACCUGUUCCAUAAUCAAGACCUUUACAAAUACUCAGCCCUGCCACUUCCACGCUGCCAGAUCGUAGCCUCUGCUCAGUCGUUCUGUCGGCUCUGACUCUGGUCCCUGUCUCCAGUCCCACAUCUCGUCAGUCCUGCUACCCUGUCCUGGACCCCCCCCACUCUACUGCUUCCUUGGAUUCCUCUCCAGACCUGCUUACCCAGCCACAACUCCCCUCGCUCCAGCCUCAGCACCCUGCAACCCGCCCGAGCUUUCCCUGGCCUGCACCCCAUCUUCCCCCUGUUUUUGAAUAAAUACCUUGGUUACAUUAUCCCAGUCUCCUCGUCCUCGUCUGCUCUUGGGUCCGCGUAAUAGUGACAUGACCAACCAGGUGUCAGAGUUCCCCACUGAGCGGACGUUCCAGUACCAGCAUAGCCUGCCUCCUCUCCCUGUACCGUCUCUAGAGGGGAGCCUUGCCAACUACCUGGAUGCAGUGCGGCCGUUUGCUACAGAGGAGGAGUACCAGGUGACUGCAGCCAUAGUGAAGAGGUUUGGAGAGGGCAUCGGCAAAGACCUGCACCAAAAACUACUGCAGAGAGCCAGGACACGCAGGAACUGGUUGGAGGAGUGGUGGUUGAAUGCAGCCUAUCUGGAAUUACGUUAUCCCUCCCAGUUGAAUGUGAACUUCGGAGGGCCUGCACCCUACCUAGAGCACUGCUGGCCCCCUACAGAGGGAGUACAGCUACAGAGGACCAGCAUUAGCAUGUGGCACACUCUACAGUACUGGGACCUGCUUCGCACGGAGAGGCUGGACCCUCAUAAAGCUGGUAAUGUGGUGUUGGAUAUGGACCAGUUCAGAAUGCUGUUCUGUACAUGUAAAGUUCCUGGAGUCACCAAGGAUACCAUCAUCAACUACUUUAAGACAGAGAGCGAGGGUCCAUGCCCCUCCCAUGUGGUGGUGAUGUGUAAGGGGCGUUUCUUCUCGUUUGAUGCAGUGUGUGACGGACACAUUCUUACCCCUCCAGAGCUGCUCAGGCAGCUGACCCAUGUGAAGCAGUGUUGUGAGGAGGAGCCAGCGGGAGAUGGUGUCGCCGCUCUCACCUCAGAGGAGAGGACACGCUGGGCUAAGGCCAGGGAGUAUCUGAUAGGUAUAGAUCCAGCCAAUAAGACCAUCUUAGAGACCAUCCAGAGCAGUCUGUUUGUGAUCUCACUGGACGAUGCUAAACCCUACGCUACUGCAGAGAACUACACACCGGUGACCCGGGAAGCACUGACAGGAGACCCCACCAUCCGCUGGGGAGACAAGUCCUACAACUCCAUCUCCUUCGCUGACGGAACCUUCGGAUCCAACUGUGACCAUGCCCCCUACGAUGCCAUGGUGCUGGUAACUCACUGUUACUAUGUGGAUCAGCAGCUCAAAGCUACAGACGGCAAGUGGAAGGGCUCUGAGACAGUGCGGCCUAUGCCUCUUCCUGAAGAGUUGGUCUUCACUGUGGAUGACAGAGUCAGGAGUGACGUUGCACAUGCCAAGCAACAGUACUUUGAGACUACUCAGGACUUGCAGGUGGUGUGUUAUGCGUUCACCUCGUUUGGGAAAGCAGCCAUCAAACAGAGGAAGCUCCACCCAGACACCUUCAUACAACUGGCCCUUCAACUGGCUUAUUACAGACAGCAUGGGAGGUUAGGUAGUUGCUAUGAGACAGCGAUGACCAGAAGGUUCUACCACGGCAGGACUGAGACCAUGAGGCCCUGUACCCUGGAGACAAAGAACUGGUGCCAUACCAUGCUCCUCCCUGCAGCCAGCGCUGAGGCUAAGAGGAAAGCCCUGCUGCUGGCCUUCAACAAGCACAACAAACUGAUGGCUGAGGCACAGAACGGAAAAGGUUUUGACAGACAUCUCCUGGGCCUGUACCUGAUCGCCAAGAAGGAGGGACUUCCUGUGCCAGACCUUUUCACUGAUCCACUGUAUUCCAAGAGUGGCGGGGGCGGUAACUUUACCCUGUCCACCAGUCUGGUUGGCUACACCACAGUCCUGGGAGCGGUUGCUCCCAUGGUGCACCAUGGCUACGGGUUCUUCUACCGCAUCGGAGACGACAGGAUCGUGGCUUCCUGUACGACGUGGAAGUCCAGUCCAGAGACAGAUGCAGAGACACUGUUCCAGAACCUGGUUACCUCCCUACAUGAGAUGCUACAUCUCGCUACCACAGCUCAGCUCUAACACACACACACACGCACACAGUUUGUAGAUGGUAGUCAAUAAUAGUUUAGUUCUGCACAGAUCAAUGCAAAGGCACAUUUAUUGUUUUCUACAUUUAAAAAAGAAAAAUGUAUUAUUUGUUUAAAUGCAGCUCAACAAAUGAGUUUAUUUUGCACUUAGUGAAUCAUUCUGUGAUUUUAUGUAGCAGCUAGAUCGGGGAUUCCCUGUUUUCAAAAUGUAUAGAUUGAAUUUCCUACCACGAUUCUGUUUAGAUUUAGUCUGUUGUUUUUAUGUUGUGAGAAACAUUUAGUUGGCUGGAUAUGAUCAAUGAAACGGUGUUUGGGUGAGACGGAAAGAAACCCAAGUAAAUUAUAAUGUGCCUUUUUGCUGUGUCCUUAUUUUAGUCUGUCCCCAGAGAUCUGGUUAGUGGUUUUGAUUGAAUAGCUCCCUAAUUGACCUGACUUUUUAGACUUCAAAAGCUGCUGAAUAACUCUACCACUCCUAUGCCAGAUCCAUAGGCUGCCACCCUAUGCAAUAUUCCAUUUUAUGUAGUAGAUGUCUGUAAUAAUGAACAUUCCUUUCACAAUUUACCCAUGAUACAUCACGGUUUUGAUGCUCUCGAACACGGCCAUUGUGUUAAUACCUUUCAGACACUCUUGAGAUUUUCAGCAUGUUUUUUUGUUGUAAAUUAUAGAAAAGUGAUAAAAGACGAGCGCUGCAUUUGAUUCAAUCAACAAAAUGAAAAGAAGCUGUUUUAAUGCCUAAAGUAGUGAAAAUGAUGUAACCCACUUUACAGUAGGAAAAUUAUAGUAUUGACUUGACUGACAAUGUAAACUUGGAAAAUGUUUAAUUGAAUAUGAAAGUUGUUUAGUGUGAUUGAACUGACAAAUCAAAGUGAAUGAAUCAUGUCAUGAGCCCAAAUAUUCAAAUAAAACAUCUUUAUUAAUGA